AUGGCUACUAGAUUAAAUACAAAUCCUAAUGAUUCAAAAAAGAAACCAAAAAAUAAAAAGAAUACUGAUUAAACUUCCAAAAAAAAAGGCAAAUCAAAAUCUGUAGUUGAUUAAGAACAAGUCUUGAAUUUAAAGUAGAGCUUUGAAACGUUGAUAAAAAAUAAGUAAUAGUUUACUAAAAUUAGAGAGGAUCUUGAGAAGAUAAUUUAAAAUUAAGAAAGUAAAAUAAAGGAUCUGAAAAAGAAUGAAAAAAAUUUAGUAGAUGAAUUAAAAAGAUAAGGUGAUAUUGCAAGAGAAGCACUCAAUAAAUUGUAUUAUUAUUAAUAAGAAAAUAAUAUAGAGAGAGAAAAGCUGAGAAAAUAUUAUGAAGGUAUAUUCAACCGUUAAUUUAAUAGAUUAUUAUAAAACAAAAGAAUAGGAAGUAAUUUAGAAAUAUGAGGGAUUGAUGUAAUAAUCUAAUAUUACUUUGUCUGAUUAUUAAAAGAAAUUUAAAGAUUUUGCAGUAAAAGAAUAAAUCUACUAAGAAGAAAUUGAAUUAUUAAAGAAAGCAUCAAAAAAUGUUUAAACUCCAAGAGAUAGAGUAAAAUAAAAUUAAAAUAUUUUUUGUUAGAAUUUUUAGCAAUAAUUGAAUGAUAUGGAAUUGAAACUUUAUUAAGCAAAUAAAAAUAAUGAGUAAUUGAAAACUUUAUCAAAUGAAAACUCUAAUUUGUAUUUGAAAAUUAGUCAAUUUGAAAAAUAAUUGGCAAAAAAAAAUGAAAAAGAAAAAACUUUAAAGGAAUAAUUUAGUAAAUAAAUAACUGAAUUGUAACAAGAAAUCAAGGUAAUUAUUUUUAUAAUAAAAUGAUUCUUUAGUAUUGGAAAAAUGAAAUGGAUAAAGUUAUAAGGCAGAAUAAUGUUGUAAUUUCUAAAUUAACACCACAUAAGUUAAGAUAUUGA